GCAAAAUACCCGCCGGGCGUAGAAAUAUAUUCGCAGAAAUCUAAUGUAAUCACGACUACUGGGAGAGGCGUCAGAGCCCUACAGAAAAGAAAUGGCAGCUGAUAAAGCCCUUCAGCUAAAUAAUGCAGUAAGAAGAGGAUCGAUCGAGACUGUCCGGCAGUUGAUAGAAGAAGGUAAUGAUAUCAAUUCAAAGGUGAAUGAUGGAUGGACAGCCCUUCACAGUGCUGUACAAAUGGACGAAGAGGCGAUUGCCCACCUUCUGCUGGACAGAGGAGCUGAUCCACUUGCUAGGAAGGACAACAAAGCUACCCCCUUUAUUCUAGCAGGGAUAACAGGCAAUGUUAAACUUUUAAAGCUCUUCCUUCAGAAGGGGUCGGCCAUUAAUGAGUGUGAUUUGAAUGGUUUCACAGCAUUCAUAGAGGCUGCUAGGUAUGGGCAAGAAGAGGCCCUGAGGUUUUUGUAUGAGUGUGGGGCAGAUGUUAACUUGCCCAGAAAUGUGGCUGAUGAGGAUAAAAGGGCCUUGAAUAAAGGAGGAGAAACAGCCCUGAUGGAUGCUGCCAGGUAUGGCCACUUCUCUGUUGUCAAAGCCCUAGUUGAAGAAUUGGGUGCUGAUGUGAACAUCUGCGACAACUGGGAGAGAAAUGCAUUGGUCCAUGCUCUCUCAGUGACUAAAAAGGACCAGGCCCAAGGCAAAGAGGCAGCUGCCCUUUUCCUCUUAAAACAUGGGGCUGAUGUGAAUAAGAGAGAUGAAGUUGGGAAAACUACUUUGAUCCUGGCAGCUGAAAGGCAAAGCCUAGACCUGGUGAAGGCUAUAUUGGAAAAAGAAGAAGUGGACGUGAACGAUGCUGACAAAAACAACAAGACGGCCCUUAUGGCAGCAGUGGAAAUGGAAAAUUAUGAAAUAGCAAAGACCUUGUGUGAAAAGGGAGCAAAAACAGACAUUGGGAACUUGAUAGAUAUGGCCAGCCUGAAUUACAACAGCAGAAUGAUAACGCUUCUUCGCCAGUAUGGAGCAUUGUCUUAUCUAAGGCAGCCAGAGAUACAAUGGACCUCUGCUAGCAGACACUGGAAAUCCAAGCUCCGAGAUCUUUAUGGAAAGUAUCGUCCUAUGAUUGGAAAACUCAAGAUCUUCAUGUUUCUAGAUUUCCGAAUUCAGAGAAGUUCCUAUGGAGGUGUCUACCUAGGAUUCUACAAUGGAGAAGAGGUGGCUGUGAAGAUAUUCCCCACCACUGCAGAAAAUGCUGAACGAGAGAAAACCUGCCUUGAGAAGUGCCGUACCAGCAAACAUCUGGUGAAGUUCUGUGGGUGGGAAGAGCAGAACUCCUGUCUCUACUUGUGCCUUUCCCUGUGUGAGAAAAACCUUGAGGAGUACUUCAGGACAGCAGAGACUGAGAAUGGAACUAUGAGAAGUAAUGUUAUUAUUGAAACAAUAUUUCAGGCAGUGAAGGAACUGCACUCAUUUGGAUUUGGGCAUCAAGAUCUGCACCCAAGUAACAUUUUGAUAGAUGUCACAGGCAAGGUUUUUCUAGCAGAUUUUGAUAAGACCAGAAAAAUAGAUGAUGAAAAAGAUCUUACCAUCACAGAAGAUCUGCAGGCUCUCAGAAGUCUAGCCCUGUAUGUUGCUAUGAGGGGCAGAAUCCACUUUGAAGCCUUGCCUGUGCAGUGUCCAAAGGAUGUAGAUGAUCACUAUGAAAUAGAAGACCUCAGAGCAAGACUGGAAUCUCCUGAUGAAAACAUCCCAAUCACUGAACAACUGGGACAGUUGAUCUACCAUCCUUAUUUCUGGAACAAGAAGGUGAGAUACAGGGUCUUAAGAGACGUUGGGAAUGAGAGCGAUAUAAAGACACGCAACACUCGGCACCAUAACAGCACUAGUGAAAUUCUGAAGGCUCUGAAUAGUGAGGAAGAUCCUUUCAAGGACUGGACUGAAAAGAUUGAUAAGGAUGUAUUGGACUGUAUGGUUGGUCCCUUUAAUGACAAGAAGAAUAAGAAGAAAAACAAUAAAGAUUAUGAAAACUGUGUGACAGAUUUACUGAAGCUGAUCAGGAAUAUGGGGGAGCACUUCAGUGAGAAGGAUGAGAAGGUGAAGGAAAUAAUCAAGGAGCCAGAAGACUAUUUUCUGAACCUUUUCCCAAAUUUAACAACUUAUGUCUACCGAACUUUGCAUAAUAUACAAUAUGAUAAACACUUUCCGAAUGCACAGAAUUCUUCUCAGCUAUAAUGGGGACCAAUAGACAUAUAUUCUUCAUGAGAGUUCUCUUCUGUUCCAAGGUGUAAGAGGCAAGCAACAUGUCCCUCUUUUUCUGAGCCUCUUUCCAGAAUUAAUCAUUUUCAUCUUGCCAGAAUUUGUGCAACACAGGAUGAUAUAUAUUCUCCAAGUGCUCAGAACCCUUCUCAUUUGCAAUGAGAAUCGGCAGCAGUUGAUUCUUGCACGUGACUCUUCUGCCUUUCUUCAGUUUGCUCCAUUCAGCUACGAUACCAGAUAAAGUCAAGUAAGAAAGUAAAAUAAGGAAGCUGCAGCAUGUGUAAUAUAAAGAGACAGAAAGGAAGGUUCUGGCUGGCAGAAGGGAGCUUUAGUUGUCUAUGCAUUUGCCAAACUUGUUUGCUUGAAAUUGAGGCUUUUUCUCACCUACCAGCUAAACAUCAAUCCAGAUGUUGUAUAAUUUCCUGAAUUUUAUGCUGUGCCAGUGGAAAGAGAAAAUAAAUACUUUCUAUUACAUUC